AUGGUCCCGGACUUCAUCUUGAGACGCGGAAUCCGGUACCUGCUGAAGACGAAGUGCAUCAAGAAGUUCGAGAACACCGAGGACGAGGUGAACGCGGAGCUGAAAUUCGUGGAGGACCUGCGACGACGCCCCGUCGCGGAGCAGACGAGCGCGGCGAACGAGCAGCACUACGAAGUCCCGACCGAGUUUUACCAUCUGUGCCUCGGAAGUAACCUGAAGUACAGCUGCUGUUACUACGAGCGCGGGAACGAGACGCUCGACGAGGCCGAGCUCUGCAUGUUCUCGCAGUACGCGCGCCGCGCGCAGCUCUGGAACCGACUGAACAUCCUCGAGCUCGGGUGCGGCUGGGGCUCGCUCUCGCUGUGGAUGGCGGCGACGUUCCCGAACUCCAAGAUCACCGCGGUGUCGAACUCGAAGACGCAGAAGGAGUUCAUAGACGCCCAGGCGAAGGAGCGAGGGAUUAAGAACCUGACUGUCAUCACCGCGGACAUGGUGUCGUUCGAAGCCCCGGAGGCGGGCGAGUACGACCGCAUCGUCUCGAUCGAGAUGUUCGAGCACAUGAAGAACUACGACAUCCUGUUCGAACGGUGCACGAAGUGGUUGAAGCCCGGCGGGUUGAUGUUCAUACACAUCUUCGUGCACAGGUCGCGCCCGUAUCACUUCGAGGCGGUCGACGAGGACGACUGGAUGUCGACGCACUUCUUCACCGGAGGGACGAUGCCGUCGGAUCGUCUGCUAUGCUUCUUCGCGAAAGAGCUGCACUUCAAGACGCAGUGGCGCUUGAACGGGAACCACUACUACCGAACCUGCAACGACUGGCUCAAGAAGCUCGAUAGCAACUACGCGAAAGCGGAACCGAUACUCGAGGCGACGUACGGCAAGGAGAACAAGACGAAGUGGUACGUGUACUGGCGUCUGUUUUUCUUGUCGUGCGCGGAGAUGUUCAACUACGACAACGGCAACGGGAGAGGGAACGAGUGGUACGUCUCGCAUUAUCUCUUCCAGAAGCCCGACCCGAACCCGAAAUCGAAAUACCCGGCGCCGCCGAUAGACCCGUAUCUGCCCGGACCAGGCCGGGUACGUCCCCCGGGCGUGCAGUGA